AUGGACUCGCCCAUAGUUAAUCGGGUCUUCAGGCAGCUGCUCCGCCAUCCUGCCUGCGAGUCGAGGCGCAACUUUGCCCGGCUCGUGACCUCGAUCCAGCACGCCCGCAGCACGCAGCACCAGCAGCAGCAGCAGCACCCUCAACAGCAGAGGAGCUAUGCGUCCCGGGCGAGAGGCGCCCAGGCCCUGGCGCCCAACGAGACCGACUGGCAGCAGCGGACGGACAUCUUCCCGCAGGACAAGUCGGACGAGUUCAACAAGUACCCCAUGGUGACGGCCACGGAGCUGCGGACGCGGCGCGAGCGGCCCAGGAAGGUCAAGAUGCUCAUGCGGGACUUCAUCGAGGACAGCCUGUACAACCCGCACUACGGCUACUUCUCCAAGCAGGUCGUCAUCUUCAGCCCCGGCGAGCCCUUCGACUUCAACUCGCUGCGCGACGACGUCGACUUCCAGGACCGCCUGGCCGCGCGCUACACCGACUUCGAGGACCGCCUCGACCGCGACGAGGGCCACUCGGACACGCGCCAGCUCUGGUACACGCCCACCGAGCUCUUCCGCCCGCACUACGGCGAGGCCAUCGCCCGCUACCUCGUCGCCAACUACCUGCUGACCUCGUAUCCCUACCACGACCUCAUCAUCUACGAGAUGGGCGCCGGCCGCGGCACCCUCAUGCUCAACAUCCUCGACUACAUCCGCGAGGCCGAGCCCGACGUCUACGCCCGCACAAAGUACCGCGUCAUCGAGAUCUCGUCCAACCUCGCCAGCCUGCAGACCAAGCAGGUCAACGCCGCCACCACCACUAUCGGCGGGCAGGCCGCCUCGCGCGGCCACGCCUCCAAGGUCGAGAUCGUCAACCGCUCCGUCUUCGACUGGGACGAGCCCGUGCCGAGCCCCUGCUUCUUCCUCGCCUUCGAGGUCUUUGACAACUUCGCCCACGACUGCAUCCGCUACGACGCGGCCACGGGCCAGCCGCUGCAGGGCACGGUGCUCGUCGACGGCGCCGGCGACUUCUACGAGUUCUACACGCCGCAGCUCGACCCCGUCGCCGCCCGCUUCUUCCGCGUCCGCCACGCCGCCACGGGCGGCCGCUACCCGCUCCCUUACCCGACGAGCCGCGCCGGCCGCCUCCUGCAGGCCCUCCGGCCCUUCGCGCCCAACCUCAGCGCGCCAGAGUACAUUCCCACCCGCCUCAUGCAGUUCUUUUACGUGCUCGACAAGUACUUCCCCCAGCACCGCCUGCUGACCAGCGACUUCCACUCCCUGCCCGACGCCAUCAAGGGGCUCAACGCCCCCAUCGUCCAGACCAGGUUCGAGAGGCGGCCCGUGCCCGUGACGACGCCCCUGGUGCACCAGGGCUACUUUGACAUCAUGUUCCCGACCGACUUCCAGAUCAUGGAGGCCGUCUAUCGCGCCAUCACCGGCAAGCUGACCCGCCUGACCUCGCACGAGGAGUUCAUGCGCCGCUGGGCCUAUGUCGAGGACACCGAGACCAGAAGCGGCGAGAACCCGCUCCUCAGCUGGUACAAGAAUGCCAGCGUCCUGACUACUGUCUAA